GGCCAACAGCAUCGACCGUUUUUAUUUGGGCUCACAACCAUCGGUCCGGUCUGCGUCUGAACUCUGGCGAACAAAUUUUCUCUCUGCUACUGUGCGUGUGCUCUCACCAUUGUUACUUCUUUCACUUUGUAUUUACUUCUGUCUCCCGCCCAUUUUCUUCUAUGGCACCGAAGAAGAAACCUCAAUCAUCCAAAGGCAAAGGUUCUUCUUCCACAGGUCCCAAAUUGCAAAUUUCUGCCGAGAAUGAGAAUCGCCUCCGACGAUUGUUGCUUAAUUCAGGCCGCUCCACUCAGUCUCCGACUCCGAUUCCAGCAGAGGAUGCUCUCUCAAAAGCGCAGAAGGCCAAGAAACUUAGUUCUAUCUACGAAAAGCUUUCUUGCGAGGGCUUUACCAAUGAUCAAAUUGAACGUGCUUUAUCCGCUCUCAAGGAGAGAGCCACGUUUGAAGCUGCUUUAGAUUGGCUAUGCUUGAAUUUGCGAGGAAAUGAGCUUCCUCUGAAGUUUUCAAGUGGUACUUCCCAAUUGAACGAAGGUUCUGUUGGUAUCAUAUCAACUGCUCGACAAGAUUGGGUUCCUUCAGCAGAUUCAUCUGUGGCAGAAGUUAAAGAUGAGAAAAUACCUAAAGUUUCAGUUGUGCCGAAGGGUCGAAGUGAUAGUGAAUCUCUACGUACAGUUGAACGCGCACAAGCUGAUUGGAUCCGCCAGUAUAUGGAACAACAGGAAGAGGAUGAAGCUGAAAGUUUGGAAUCUGAUUUUUUUGACGAUGGUUCCCUAGAGCAGGUCCCGCGGAAAAAACGUAGUGUUGAGUCCAUUGUUCAAGAAUUUCAUACUGCUAGGCUGGAAGCUAUUCAUGCAAAAGAGCGCGGUGACAAAAAGGGCCAGGAACAAGCCAGCCGAACCAUUCGGAAGAUCAAGCAGGAGAUAUCUUCUCUAGGACUACCGGAUGAUAUCCUGGAAUCUGCACACGAAAGUGCUUCCGACCAUGCAGUGUUAGACAUGUCCUCAGAAAAACUUGAUGUUGACGAUGUUACUUCACACAAUUUCAGAACGUCCGAUAUUCAUGAACAUGAGAUAGGAAUGGACGAAGUGUCUGUCAAUAACAGCUCUAAUGAGUUCAUCGAAGACAAUCCAUCAAGUGUUCCUUUAGGUGACAAGGCGGCUUCAGGAGGAGAACCAGAAGACGUAGAGCUUGGUGAUUUCUUAUUUGAAGAAGAUUCCUCCGCUGAUGUGUUGGCUACUGUACUAGAACUGCAGAAGAAAGAAAAGAUGAGAGAGUUAUGCAGUCAGAAAAACUUGGAGAAGUUAGAAGGUAUAUGGAAAAAGGGAGAUCCACAAAAGAUUCCAAAGGCUUUUCUUCACCAACUUUGUCAAAGAUCAGGAUGGGAGGCACCAAAAUAUGCGAAAAUACCUGGAAAAGGAAAUAUUACAAGUUACUCAGUUAGUAUAAUGCGCAAAGCCAGUGGGAGGGGUAAGAGCAGAAAAGCUGGAGGGCUAGUAACAAUUGAGCUUCCUAGUCAGGAUCAUGCUUCUUCUACUGCUGAGGAUGCACAAAACAGAGUUGCAGCGUAUGCUCUCCAUCGCUUGUUUCCAGAUCUCCCAGUUCACAUGCCAAUUACCGAGCCAUAUGCAUCACUUAUUUUGCAGUGGGAGGAAGGUGAUUCUGUGAAAGAUAUUGUUGAUGAUCAAGUGGAACGAAGGGCCUAUUUUGUGGAUUCAUUGCUGGAAGCUAGCGGUUCAGAAACCAUAACUCAUUCUGAUGUCUCCAAUAAUGCUAGCAAAGAAAAGUUUUUACAUCCUCACACCACCGAAGAUAAGACGGUGCCUGUUGAUUUUACAGCCAAAAAUCCCCGUAAAGAAGCAGAAAGUUUCUCUCUGAAAAAGGAGCAGGAGGGUAGGAAGAAGUUGAAGAAGUACCAGGAAAUGUUAAAAUCACGGGCUGCCCUUCCUAUUGCUGACUUAAAAGGCGAGAUCCUGCAUUCACUAGAGGAGAAUGAUGUUUUGGUCAUUUGUGGGGAAACAGGUUGCGGGAAAACAACCCAGGUCCCUCAAUUUAUACUGGAUGACAUGAUUGAAUCAGGACGUGGGGGACACUGUAACAUUAUAUGCACACAACCAAGGAGAAUCGCGGCUACUUCUGUGGCUGAAAGAGUUGCUGAUGAGCGUUGUGAAUCUUCACCAGGUUCAAGUGAGUCCUUGGUUGGUUACCAAGUUCGCCUCGAUAGUGCAAGGAAUGAGAGAACAAAGCUCCUCUUUUGUACAACUGGCAUUCUUUUGAGAAUGUUUUCAGGAAAUAAAAGUUUGGCUGGUGUUAGUCAUAUCAUUGUUGAUGAAGUGCAUGAGAGGUCACUUCUGGGUGAUUUUCUGCUCAUUGUCUUGAAGAGUCUCAUCCAGAAGCAAUCUGCCCUUGGUACGGCAAAACUGAAAGUUAUACUCAUGUCUGCGACAGUAGAUUCACAUUUGUUUUCUCAUUACUUUGGUCACUGCCCUGUAAUUACCGCUCAAGGACGAACACAUCCUGUUUCAACUUAUUUUCUCGAGGAUAUUUAUGAGAGUAUCAAUUACCGCCUUGCAUCUGAUUCUCCGGCUUCUGUAAGCUAUGGAACAUCUACUAGGGAAAAGAAUGCUCCUAUUGGCAAUCAUAGGGGGAAAAAGAACCUUGUCCUCUCUGCAUGGGGUGAUGAAUCAUUGCUGGCUGAAGAGUACAUAAAUCCCUAUUAUGAUCCCAGUAAUUAUCAAAACUACAGUGGACAAACUCAAAAAAAUCUGAGGAAAUUGAAUGAAGACAUUAUUGAUUAUGAUCUUCUCGAAGACCUGGUAUGCUACAUUGAUGAAACAUACCCUGAGGGUGCUAUACUAGUUUUUUUACCGGGGGUUGCAGAAAUAAACACCUUACUCGAUAGACUGUCUGUGUCCUUCCAGUUUAGUGGACAGUCUUCUGAAUGGAUUCUUCCUUUGCAUUCUUCUGUAGCAUCUGAGGAUCAGAAAAAAGUGUUUAUUAGACCUCCAGAAAAUAUCCGUAAGGUUAUAAUAGCUACAAAUAUUGCAGAGACUAGCAUAACCAUAGAUGAUGUGGUUUAUGUGGUUGACUGUGGAAAACACAAAGAAAAUCGCUAUAAUCCGAAGAAGAAAUUGUCAAGCAUGGUUGAAGAUUGGAUAUCUCAAGCAAAUGCAAGGCAACGUCGAGGCAGAGCUGGUCGUGUAAAGCCAGGAAUCUGCUUUUGUCUCUACACUUCUUACCGAUAUGAGAAACUCAUGCGGCCUUACCAAAUCCCGGAGAUGCUACGAAUGCCGUUAGUAGAAUUGUGCUUACAAAUCAAAUUGCUAUCACUUGGAAGCAUAAAGCUAUUUUUGUCUAUGGCUCUUGAACCUCCAAAGGAUGAGGCUAUUAUGUCAGCAAUUUCUUUAUUGUAUGAGGUUGGUGCCGUUGAAGGGGAUGAAGAGUUAACUCCUCUCGGGUAUCAUUUGGCGAGACUUCCCGUUGAUGUGUUGGUGGGGAAGAUGCUGUUAUAUGGUGGAGUAUUUGGCUGUUUGUCACCAAUUCUAUCUAUUUCAGCUUUCCUGAGUUACAAGUCUCCAUUUGUUUAUCCAAAAGAUGAGAGGCAAAAUGUUGAAAGAGCAAAGCUGGCACUUUUGAGUGAUAAGCUUGGCUGUGAAACUGACUCUGACAGUGGUAACUGGCAGUCUGACCAUCUCCUAAUGAUGGUAGCGUAUAAAAAGUGGGAGAAAAUUUUGCGGGAGAAUGGAGUCAAAGCAGCAAAGCAGUUUUGCAGCUCAUAUUUCUUGAGCAGUUCUGUCAUGUACAUGAUAAGAGACAUGAGAAUACAAUUUGGAACGUUGCUAGCUGAUAUUGGACUCAUCAACCUCCCAAAAAAGUCGGAGGUUGAUUGGAAAAAGAAAGAGAAGCUUGGCAGUUGGCUUUCUGAUAUUUCACAACCUUUUAAUAUAAAUUCAAAUUAUUCCUCAGUUCUUAAGGCCAUAUUGUGUGCAGGUCUGUAUCCCAAUGUAUCUGCGAGAGAAGAAGGCAUUGCUACAACUGCUCUUGGGAACCUAAAACAGAGUGCAAAUGUUUCAGCAAAGAGUAACCCUGCGUGGUAUGAUGGAAAACGAGAAGUUCACAUUCACCCUUCCUCAAUCAACUCUGACUUAAAAGCUUUUCAGUACCCAUUUCUCGUCUUUCUUGAAAAGGUAGAAACUAACAAGGUAUUUUUGCGAGACACUACUGUUGUCUCUCCUUAUACUAUACUGCUUUUUGGUGGCCCAAUAAACGUUCAGCACCAGACUGGAACAGUUACCAUAGAUGGAUGGCUAGAAGUUGCCGCGCCUGCACAAACAGCUGUGCUAUUUAAGGAACUCCGGCUGACUCUUCAUGAUAUUCUCAAGGAGCUUAUUCGUAAUCCACAGGCUUCCAAGGUGACCGAUAAUGAAGUUCUCAGAUCUAUAAUCCAGCUGCUGUUAGAAGAAGAUAAACAAAGAAAAUAACCACCAAGCCAUGGAUCAGGUGAUCAUUGCGCGCCCAGAUAUAGCUAGGAGAGGUCAACCUUUUGUACGAUUAGAAAAAGGAAAGUUGCUGCUAUCGAUGGACUGUCUGGUUGCUGAUAUCUCGUGGAUGAGGUGAUGGACUAUCUGUUUGCUGAUCUCAGGGGUAGGACAAAAUUUGUUCUUUGCUUAAUUGAUCAUGAAUCAUCCCACAAAAUUAAUCGUUGGAUAUUAUCCCAAAAAGCUAAUGAAGAACUAUGUUUGGCUGGAAAGGAACAAGACAUGCUUUGCGGGGUAAAGACAGCAGAUUGAUAAAUUUGAAAAAUAAAUGUAUCAAAAACAUUCAAUUAAUCUUUUACGAGUGUCAAAGUUCAGUUCAUACAAAUGUAAUUCACCCAAUUGUCCAAGUUUGAACGAAUUGGGUUGUGACGGUUGCAACAUCAAACAAAUUACCAAGCUGGUUACUCCUUUUAUUACAUAAUAAAAAAAAUCCAAA